CACCGUCCGGAUUGCUAACGCGAAUUCAUCUCUAGUAAAUAAAGUCAGUCAGUUCACUGAACCUUUUAGCCUUUACUUGUCUUUCUUUCAUUAUUGUUAACGUGGGUGUUAAAACACCCUUCAUCUGAAUAGUUUUUAAUCAACCUGGCAAAUAAUAAGCUUUACAAGUCAGCAACUGUUUGCCCACGGCCCAACCAAUAGCGGCAUCAGUUUAGCCGCUAGCCGCUAGAGGUGAAUGAGUGGGAAUCUUCUCUUCAAAUACUGUAGAGUGUAGACAUUUCUGUUGCAUCUGCAAUUUUGUGCAAAGUAAUAAUUUUUGUGGCAAUCAAUUGAGAUUUAAUUCAAGGAUCAGUGACGUUAUAUAACUGCAGAAAAUGGAGCGACCUCAAAAAAUGCCGAAGGUGGCCAAGGUAAAAAAUAAAGCUCCGGCAGAAAUCCAAAUCACUGCUGAGCAGCUUUUGAGAGAAGCUAAGGAACGUGACCUUGAGAUUUUACCACCACCACCAAAACAAAAAAUAUCUGACCCUCAUGAGCUCGCAGACUACCAACAUAGAAAGCGUAAAGCUUUUGAAGAUAGUAUUAGAAAAAAUAGGUUGUCCAUUGCCAAUUGGAUUAAAUAUGCUCGGUGGGAAGAGGAGCAAAAGCAAAUUGAUCGAGCAAGAUCAAUAUAUGAAAGAGCAUUAGAUGUAGAUCAUCGAAAUCCAGUAUUAUGGAUUAAAUACACGGAAAUGGAAAUGAGAAAUAGGCAAGUGAAUCAUGCCCGAAAUUUGUGGGACAGAGUUGUGACUAUUCUUCCCAGAGUAAACCAAUUUUGGUACAAGUACACAUAUAUGGAAGAAAUGCUUGAAAAUAUAGCAGCUGCCAGACAAGUUUUUGAAAGAUGGAUGGAAUGGGAACCACAUGAGCAGGCAUGGCAAACAUAUAUCAAUUUCGAGUUGCGCUAUAAAGAACUCGAAAGAGCCAGAGAGAUUCAUCGGCGUUUUGUUAUGGUUCAUCCCGAAGUAAAACAUUGGAUUAAAUGGGCUAGGUUUGAGGAAAAUCACGGUUUCAUAAACGGAGCACGAGAAGUUUUUGAAAGGGCUGUCGAAUUUUAUGGGGAUGAAUAUUUGGACGAAAAACUAAUCAUUGCCUUUGCUAAAUUUGAAGAAGGACAAAGAGAGCAUGAUCGAGCCAAAGCUAUUUACAAGUAUGCGUUAGCUCAUAUACCGAAAGAAAAAACGCAAGAUAUUUACAAAGCGUAUACAAUUCAUGAGAAGAAAUAUGGUGAUAGGUCGGGAAUUGAAGACGUAAUUGUUAGCAAAAGAAAAGCGCAAUAUGAAAACGAAGUUAAAGAUAAUCCUUCAAAUUAUGAUGCUUGGUUUGAUUAUUUGCGAUUGGUCGAAUCUGAAGGUAAUGUUGAUGUUAUUCGUGAAACUUACGAAAGAGCCAUUGCAAAUGUACCUCCUACUAAAGAUAAAGAGUUUUGGAGACGGUAUGUUUAUCUUUGGAUAAACUACGCUUUAUAUGAAGAACUUGAAGCUGAAGAUGUAGAAAGAACUCGUCAAGUUUAUAAGGUGUGCUUGGAUCUUAUCCCUCACAAAAUAUUCACAUUUUCUAAAAUGUGGCUAUAUUAUGCGCAAUUUGAGAUACGUCAAAAAAAUUUAACUGUGGCCAGGAAGACAUUGGGUAUGGCUUUGGGAGUGUGCCCUAGAGAUAAAUUAUAUCGCGGUUACAUCGACCUCGAAAUUCAGUUACGAGAAUUUGAUAGAUGUAGAACACUGUAUAAAAAAUUCAUCGAAUUUGGGCCAGAAAAUUGCACAACAUGGCUCAAGUUUGCAGAGCUCGAGGCUUUCUUAGGCGAUACAGAAAGGGCCAGAGCCAUUUAUGAAAUAGCCAUAAGUCAACCUAGGAUAGAUAUGCCCGAAGUCCUGUGGAAAGCUUAUAUAGAUUUUGAAAUAUCACAGGAAGAGCCUGAAAAAGCUAGGCAGCUUUACGAAAGGCUGUUAGAAAAAACGCUCCACGUUAAGGUUUGGAUAGCAUAUGCAAAUUUUGAAAUGGCGAAUACUUGUAAAGAAGAAGACGUGAAUAACGUUAACUUAGCGAGAAGAGUGUAUGAACGUGGUAACGAUGCUUUAAAAUUAAGCAAAGAUAAAGAAAGCAGAGCUUUACUUUUGGAAGCUUGGCGAGAUUUUGAAAACGAAUAUGGUGACGAAAAAAGCCAAGCUGAUAUUGCAUCGAAAAUGCCACGAAGAGUUAAACAGAGGAGACGUAUUGUUUCCGAUGACGGGACUGAUGAAGGAUGGGAAGAAGUUAUGGAGUUCAUUUUCCCAGAAGAUGAGGCUAAGAAACCACACCUUAAAAUUUUGUCGAUUGCGCAAAAUUGGGCUAAAGCUCAAAAUAAAUGAAUGUUUUAUAACUUUAUUAAUUUGAACGAAAAGUAAUUUAACUUUUCAA